UUCAUCCAAAUAAUAGAAGUCAAAGUCUUCUCUCAUCCUUCCUCGCUGGAACAAAGCAAAAUUAUAGCCAAUCAGAACCACAUCCAUGCAAUCUAAUUCCGGUAAGAAAACCCAACGAGCAGGCUGAGAACCAGCAAUGGCUGUCUCCUUGAAAAUGGUGGUCCAUUCCUUUUGCAUGGUUUUUCUGGUGAUGACCUUCCUCAUAGAGCUUGGACGAGGCCAAAAUCAUUGCGAAGAAGUCCAAUCUUGCGGUCGCCAACCUAUCCGAUUCCCCUUCAGGCUUAAAGACCGCCAAUCAGUUUCUUGUGGGUAUCCUGGGUUUGACCUGUCUUGCACUCAAAAAGGUCAGACAGUUAUUGAGCUCCCAAUACCAGCAACAUUCUUUGUAAGAAAGAUAGAUUAUAAAUCUCAGCAAAUUGAAUUGUAUGAUCCAGAAAAUUGCCUUCUGAGGAAGCUUUUAAAGGAUCAUAAUAUAUCAGCUUCUCCUUUCGACUUUGCUGAUAGUUCGAAUGACUAUACCUUGUUCAAUUGCUCUGCUAUUGAAAGAAACGUAGGUAAUGGUUGGAUCCCCUGUCUCAGUGGUCCAAACUACCAAGUUUAUGCCCUUCAAUCUUAUUUUUCCAUCGAACAAUGGCCUCUAGUUGGUUGCACAAAGUUGUUCAACAGAACUGGUAUUCCUUAUGAUACCUAUAACAAACACCAUGAUAAUACUCUGCUGUUGAGUUGGUCUGAACCACACUGUGGACAGUGUGAAGCGGACGGAACUAAGUGUAGGUUCAAGAACAAUGUCACCAGAAGUGAAACCCAGUGUUUUCGACCCAAAACAAAAGAAGAUAAAUCAAAAAAAAUUGUGGCUGCUGGUGCAAGUCUUGGUGCAUUUUUCCUGGUAGUACUUGUUCUUAUAACUUACCGAGCUUACAGAUCUAGCAAACAGGAAAAAGAGAAUCAACUGAGAAUUGAAAGAUUUUUAGAGGACUACAAGGCUCUGAAACCAAGCAGAUAUUCAUAUUCUGAUAUUAAGAGGAUUACAAAUCAAUUCAAGGACAAGUUGGGUCAAGGAGCCUAUGGAACAGUGUAUAAAGGGAAACUCACUGCUGAUUUCUUUGUUGCUGUGAAGAUUCUCAACAAUUCAAAGGGAAAUGGGGAAGAGUUUAUAAAUGAGGUUGGGACAAUGGGAAGAAUUCACCAUGUCAAUGUGGUUCGUUUGGUUGGAUUCUGUGCUGAUGGAUUUAGACGAGCUCUUAUUUACGAGUUCCUGCCAAAUGGUUCACUGCAGAAGUACAUAUCUUUACCAGAUUCCGAUUCUUUCCUUGGCUGGAAGAGACUGCAAGAUAUUGCAUUAAGUAUAGCCAAAGGAAUUGAAUACCUUCACCAAGGAUGUGACCAAAGGAUCCUCCACUUCGAUAUUAAACCUCAUAAUGUUCUGUUAGACAACAACUUUACUCCAAAAAUUUCUGAUUUUGGUUUGGCCAAGUUGUGUGCCAAGGAUCAAAGCACUGUGUCAAUGACUACUGCUAGAGGGACCAUGGGUUACAUUGCACCUGAAGUGUUCUCUAGAAACUUCGGCAGUGUAUCCUAUAAGUCAGACAUUUAUAGUUUUGGAAUGUUGUUGCUUGAAAUGGUAGGGGGGAGGAAAAAUACAGACGUGACAGCAGAUAAUACCAGUGAAAUUUACUACCCAGAAUGGAUAUAUAAUCUGCUAGAAGAAGGAGAAGAUCUUCGAAUCCACAUUGAGGAAGAGAAAGAUGCGAAAAUUUCUAAGAAACUUGCAAUUGUAGGACUCUGGUGUAUCCAGUGGCACCCAGUGGAUCGUCCCUCCAUGAAAGUAGUGGUUCAAAUGCUAGAAGGAGGAGACAAAUUGAUCAUGCCCCCAAAUCCUUUUGGUUCUACAGGUUCAACAAAACCUAGGCCUGCAAGACGUAUGAACCUUGAGUUAGAAGCCAUUGAAGAGGUAGAAUGAAGAUUAGCAGCGGCAAUUUGGUUGCAUGUACUAAUAGAAGAAACGAGGCUGCCUAAAAGAAGCACAGCCGUGGAGUUUGGUUUAAAGAUUUUAUUUGAUAUUUCUGUAAGGGUUAGAAAUUCCAAGUCUCCAUAUCGUUAUCAGGUGGACAAUUUUUGUUUGGCCUUAAUUUUUCUUUCUUUGGAUUCACUCCCAAACCUUGACUCUUCUUUUUAUUUUUAUUUUUUGAUUAUUUUCUUAUGAAUUUGCCUGCUGACCUGAAAAUCAUUUCGUUGA